CCUCUUCCAAACUCUAUCCAUUUACCGCCCGAUAAUUCGUGGAGAUGGCCACUCCACGCGGGGCAAAAUCAUGGGGAAGGAUCGACAUGCGGGAUGAUGAAGCUAGGUACGACAUCUUGUAUAUCUAUCUCACGACCUCGCAACUGAUGGAGGAUUGUUUCACGACAGCGCUCCUCUUAUCCAAGACGACUCACCGCCAAGUUUGGUCAAUGCUCAAUCGACAAUGCCGUCCUCUUCUCAACAAGUUGAUUCUGGUUCUGCCAAGAUCCAUAAGGAGUACGCAGAGGAUGUGGAGGCUUCGAGGACUUUGAGCAAGGAUGCAGCUGGCAUCGAGCGUGUUGAGCUCACUGAUGAGGAUAACAAAAGAAUUCGACGAAAGACUGACAAAGUGAUUCUGGUGAUCCUUGUCUGGGUCUACUUCCUUCAAAUUCUGGAUAAAUCUGUCCUUGGAUACGGAUCCAUCUUCGGCCUCCAAAAAGAUACCGGCCUCGUUGGCAACCAAUAUUCUCUCGUCGGUUCCAUUGCACCCAUCGGCCAACUAGCAUGGCAACCAUUCUCAUCCAUCCUCAUUGUCAAAGUUCCCCAUCGAAUCCUGAUGCCAGCAUUGAUUCUUGGAUGGGGCAUUGCACAAGCUGCAAUGGCAGGGUGUCACAGCUACACUGGACUUCUUGUAACUCGAUUCUUCUUGGGCGUCUUCGAAGGCGGUUGUCUCCCGUUGUUCAGUGUCAUCACAAAUCAAUGGUAUCGAAGAGCUGAACAGCCAAUUCGAGUAGCGGCCUGGUAUGGCACGAACGGUAUCGCGACUAUUGUAGCUUCUGCCCUAUCAUUUGGCCUUGGUCACAUUCCAUCCGCACAUCUUUAUCCUUGGCAAAUUAUAUUCCUCUUUGUUGGUCUCGUCACUAUCCUCACAGCCCCCAUCGUUUACUGGAAACUCGACAAUGACAUAGGUUCUGCGCGAUUCCUCACUGACCACGAAAAGAUCCAAGCAGUUGAGCGACUCCGCGCCAAUCAAACUGGUAUCGGUUCACGACAAUUCGAAUGGACUCACGUCAAGGAAAUACUCAUCGAGCCCAAAAGUUAUCUAUGGGUCGGCAUGUCCCUCCUUCUUAAUGUUGGAGCUUCCGUCACGAAUACAUUUGGACCCCUCAUUUUAAGCGGCCUCGGAUUCAACAAGUACAUCACAUCACUACUCAACAUGCCUUUUGGAGCUGUACAAUUCAUCAUCAUCAUUCUCGCCUCAUACGCUGCUCAAAAAGUUCGCUUGAAAGCUCCUAUCUUGCUCGUCUUGGUGAUUCCCGUCAUCGUUGGACUUGCCAUGCUCUAUGCUAUCCCACGUUCGGAUACUGGUGCACUGCUUGGUGGAUACUAUCUGCUCGCUUUCUUGUUUGGGAGUAAUCCUCUUAUUGUCUCGUGGAUUGUUGGCAACACUGCUGGCACGACGAAGAAAUCCGUCAUCAUGUCUCUCUACAAUGCGGGGUCAUCGGCAGGGAACAUUAUCGGUCCUCUGCUCUUCAAUUCAGCUGAUGCGCCAACCUAUCACCCGGGACUUCGAGCAGUGCUGGCAAUUUUCGUCGCUCUUGCUGUUGUUGUCCUGCUUCAGCUUGCGAACUUGAUGGUUCUGAAUAAAAUGCAGUCCAGAAAGAGAGUGGCAAAUGGGAAAGCAGCCAUCAUCCACGAUGCUUCGAUGGAGAAUCAUUACGUUGAAAUCGAUACUGAAGGAGUAGGAAGACAUGCCUUUGAUUUGACGGAUCGUCAGAAUGAUGAGUUUGUAUAUAUUUAUUGAUAGCUCCAUGACCCUACG